AUGAAUCACUCAGUCAUAGUUAAUGGUGAAAAGAGGACCCCUUCGGUCAUUUUAAUGGACUUCUUUAAUAUGAUUCCGUUCACAGAUCGGACCAGCGUUUCUUCAACUUUGACCGAAAUCCGCAACAGCCUGGAUGAUGUAAUUCCAAAUACUAAUCCUAUAGCACCAUUUAUUAGCAAAAUCAGGCAGUUACAGUUAGUUUUCAUGAGAAUUCCCAUGGUAUUAAGAAAACAAAUCAAAUCCCUAUUACUGGAAGGCUUAGAAGCGUCGUCAGAAAUCUCCAACCUACUUCUGUGUAUUUUCACACUGUGUCUAUGUUUAUUGGAAUUAAGCGUUCUGAGAAACUGUGAUCGGUCAGACUUAGAAAGCGGAGAUAUUUGA